AUGUCUCUCCUGUGCCGAGAACUUCAGAGCUCGAUCCAAGCACUGCAGCUUUACAUCGAGAACUUUGUUCUGCAGCGCUGUCCGCCGCGUCGAGUCCUGUCGGGGAAAACUACAGCUCCCGGCGUGCUCCGCGGCGCCCACGGCUCCUGGCGUGCCGCGCGGAGCUACCCGAGCAGGCGGGAGGCAGCCGCAGCGCUGGCCGAGGACAUCUCGCUGGGCGCGGGCACUGGCCCGCCCCGACAGCCGCCCCGGCGGGCGCUGCGGAAGAGGAGCUCCGGUGGCGGCCGGCCGAGCGACACUGUGGGCUUCAAGUCUCCGAUCCCAUCUCCAAGGUCCUGUCAACCUAAUGGAGCCAGCGAAGAAGCCCUGCGAUAUGAAAUUGAAGAGCUGAAACAGAAAGACCUUGCUCUAGACCAGGAAAUUGCACAAUUACUGUCAGAGGGCUACAACCUGGAGGAACUGAAUCAGCAUAUCUCUCUACUCCAUGAGUAUAAUGAUAUUAAAGAUGCUGGACAGAUGCUGCUGGGCAAGCUGGCUGUUAUCCGAGGGGUUACUACAAAGGAGCUCUACCCCAAGUAUGACCUGGAGCUUAGUGACUAGCAUGGAGCCUGGAGACUGAUACAUCCUGGGCCAUUAUGUUUCUGUGUCUUACAAGUUUAGAACUGGCCUUGGAAGUAUGUAUGCAGAAUUGUAUGUAAUGCAACAGAGUAUGGGUCAAAAGCCUCAUUUCCAAGAAAUUCUGGAACAUGACAGCUGCUGCAUCUAUCAGCUGUUUUCUGCUUGUGGGAAAGAGGUGUAGAACUUUGGAUAAUUGUGUCUGCUGUUUGAUCAACGGUAUUUAUUUUUUAUUGGAAAGGCUGUAAUUCGGGUUGAUGUUAAGACUCUUCUCAUGGACUCUUCACUUCUUUACAACAUCAGGAGCGCUUUGGCUAUGGAUGCAAAUGAGGGCACACAAAUGCACCAUGUAACAGGUGCUUUGAAAGAAAAACACCCCCUAUAGGUAGGGAGGGAAGAAGGCUGAAGUGGUGGUUUGGGGUUUUUGUUCUCAAGUCUGGAUUAAGUGUGAGUGUUCUGCAUUUUUGUACUUACCUGCUCUGGUAGCUAGAGAUUUUGUAUCUUUUCUGUAGUAAAUGGCAAAAUGUGAAGUGUCCAGU